AGGAGUUGAGGAGGCUCCCUCCCUUCCCCCGUCAUGCCACCCUCCUGGCCCUGCCGCUUCCACGUCGCUGGAGAUAGCCAGGUGUGGCCCGGGAUCCCAGGGGGUGCAGGGGGGAGGGUGGCGUCUGAGCUCCUAGGGCGCUGGCCCGGCCCAGAGGGGACAGGAAGCCGGGACACCGGGGAUUGUCUCUAGCAGCCGCAGCCCAGCCUCAGCCCGGGAGGAAGUUCUGCCGGGCGCUCUCGGCUGGUGCCUCCCUCGCUGUAUUGUUGAACAGGAAACCGGGCUGUGCGGGAGCUGGGCGGUGGAGGAGGGAGCGCCGGCCGCCGAAAGCACGCGUACCUGCCGGGACAAGUGGAGGCGAAGCCGGUGAUCGGACGCCCCAAGCUCCUGAUCCCGGAGGUCUCUCCUGCUUAGCCCUUGGAAGCCCCGCCCUUGGAAAGAGAUGGCAGGGGCCUGAUCUGCAUCCAUCCGCGGACUCCGCCGGUCCUGCCCAUGGGCCCGCAGAGACUUGCCCUGCCAACGGAAACGCCAGGGCCGCGAUGGCGGCGGACGUCGAGGGGGACGUGUACGUGCUGGUGGAGCAUCCCUUCGAGUACACGGGCAAGGACGGGCGCCGCGUGGCCAUCCAGCCCAACGAGCGCUACAGGCUGCUGCGCCGAAGCACGGAGCACUGGUGGCACGUGCGGCGCGAGCCCGGCGGCCGCCCCUUCUACCUGCCCGCGCAGUACGUGCGCGAGCUGCCGGCGCUCGGGGACCCGGCCACCACCUCCACGCCACCCGCGCUCCGCCCGGGGCCCGUGGUCCCGGAACCGCUCGCCUACGACUACCGCUUCGUGAGCGCGCCGGUGUCCGCGGGCCCCGACGGCACGCCCGCCGAGCCCCGGGGCCGCGUGGGCUCCCUGUGCGGCCCCGCGCGGCGCGGCGCCGCCACCCAGCGCAGCAGCCUGGCGCCGGGCCUGCCCACCUGCUUGUACACGCGGCCCGCGGCGCCGGUGCGGCCCGCCCAGUCCCUGGACGACCUGGCGCGCGCCGCCGUCGCGCCCCCUGCCGGCCUCCUCGGGAGCGCGGGCAGCUUCAAGGCCUGCAGCGUGGCGGGCUCCUGGGUGUGCCCGCGACCCCUGGCGCGCAGCGACUCCGAGAACGUCUACGAGGUCGUCCAAGACGUGCGCGGCCCGCCACGGGAGGAGCGCCCGCAGCAGGUGGACGACCCCUCGGAGCCCGUGUACGCGAACGUAGAGCGGCAGCCUCCGGCCACUUCGCCCGGCGCCACCGCGGCCCCCCGCCCCCAGGCGUGGGAGACGCACACGGACGCGGGCACCGGGCGCCCCUACUACUACAACCCGGACACGGGCGUGACCACCUGGGAGUCGCCCUUCGAGGCUGCUGAGGGCGCCUCCAGCCCGGCCACCUCCCCGACCUCGGUGGGCAGCCGCGAGAGCCUCGAGACAGACUGGGGCCAGUACUGGGAUGAGGAGAGCCGCAGGGUGUUCUUCUACAACCCGCUGACGGGCGAGGCCGUCUGGGAGGACGAGCCCGACGACGAGCCCGAGGACGACCUGGAGAUGCAGCCGGGACUGAGCCCGCUCAGCCCCAGGGACCAGAGGCCCCCUACCCCUGAGACGGACUACCCCGAGUCGCUGACCAGUUACCCCGAGGAGGACUAUUCCCCCGUGGGCUCUUUCAGUGAGCCACGGUCCGCCUCUCCCUUGGCCACGCCCCCCGGCUGGUCUUGCCACGUGAGCCCCGAGGGGCAGACGGUCUACACCAACCACUUCACCCAGGAGCAGUGGAUGAGGCUGGAGGACGAACGCGGGAAGCCCUACUUCUACAACCCAGAUGAUGACUCGGUUCAGUGGGAGCUGCCCCAGGUUCCUGUCCCUGCCCCUCGAAGCAUCUGCAAAUCCAGCCAGAACAGUGAGACCGCAGCCCAGGCCAACCCCCCCGAGGAGAAGAUCAAGACCCUGGACAAGGCCGGUGUGCUGCAUCGCACCAAGACGGUGGACAAAGGAAAGCGGCUCCGGAAGAAGCACUGGAGCGCCUCCUGGACGGUGCUGGAGGGUGGCAUCCUGACUUUCUUCAAGGACUCCAAGGCCUCAGCUGCAGGUGGCCUGAGGCAGCCUCCCAAGCUCUCCACGCCUGAGUACACAGUGGAUCUGAGGGGGGCCUCUCUCUCCUGGGCCCCCAAAGACAAAUCUAGCAGGAAGAAUGUGCUGGAGCUACGGAGCCGAGAUGGCUCAGAGUACCUGAUCCAGCACGACUCAGAGGCCAUUAUCAGCACCUGGCACAAGGCCAUCGGCGAGGGCAUCCAGGAGCUGUCCGCAGACCUGCCCCCGGAGGAGGAAAGCGAGAGUAGCAACGCGGACUUCGGGUCCAGGGAGCGCCUGGGAAGCUGGCUGGAGGGUGAGGCGCGGCCCACUGCAGGCGCAGCCACCGCGGAGAGCGACCUGAGCAAGGUCCGGCACAAGCUCCGCAAGUUCCUGCUGAGGCGGCCCACGCUGCAGUCGCUGCGGGAGAAGGGCUACAUCAAAGACCAGGUGUUCGGCUGCGCGCUGGCCGCGCUGUGUGAACGCGAGAGGAGCUCGGUGCCGCGCUUCGUACAGCAGUGCAUCCGCACCGUCGAGGCCCGGGGGCUGGACAUCGACGGCCUGUACCGCAUCAGUGGAAACCUGGCCACCAUCCAGAAGCUGCGCUAUAAGGUGGACCACGAUGAGCGCCUGGACCUGGAGGACGGGCGCUGGGAGGACGUCCACGUGAUCACCGGCGCCCUGAAGCUCUUCUUUCGAGAGCUUCCGGAGCCCCUCUUUCCCUUCUCGCACUUCCGCCAGUUCAUCGAGGCCAUCAAGCUGCCGGACCAGGCCCAGCGCGGCCGCCGUGUGCGGGACCUGGUGCGCUCGCUGCCCGCCCCCAACCACGACACGCUGCGGCUGCUCUUCCAGCACCUGUGCCGGGUGAUCGAGCACGGCGAUCAGAACCGCAUGUCCGUGCAGAGCGUGGCCAUAGUGUUCGGGCCCACGCUGCUGCGGCCCGAGACUGAGGAAACCAGCAUGCCCAUGACCAUGGUGUUCCAGAGUCAGGUGGUGGAGCUCAUCCUGCAGCGGUGUUCAGACAUCUUCCGGCCGCACUGACAGCCGACCACCCUCACCCCCGACGCUGGCGCUGCGGACCUGGGACUGGGGACCGCGACAGUGGUCCCACCAUAGAAGCUGGACGGUUGGAGGCCGCUUGGCCAAACUCUUAUCUGUGACACCCGCCGCCUCCCAUCGGUCCGCAAGCGGAUGUGAAGUCUGCGCCGCUGGGUGCAGUAUGGUGACCCCUGGUGGGCAGUUUGCAAAAUGUGAUUCCCCCCGCACCCCACCCCCCUCACCCACCGCCCUGGCCUGUCUUGUUUGGGGCUUCAUUGGGUUUGGUUCUUUAUUACAUAGACACCUACUGUGUGUGUGUGUGUGUGUGUGUGUGUGUGUGAGAGAGAGAGAGAGAGAGAGAGAGAGAGAGAGACAGAGAAUUGUGGGGGUGAGUUUGAUUUCCCAGAUGGGCCAUGCCCCAGGGGAGGACUUGGGGUGAGGGGCUUCUCAGCUUUUUCAGGCCUGCACCUGGUCAGGGCUUCAAGGACGCCCUCCCUGUGGGGCCCCGGCCCUGUGUGGGUCAUGAAGCAGCAACAUACACCUUCCUUCCUUCCCUGCUGCCCUGCCUUGCCUCAGGCGCAGCUCCUGCCUGACUCUCAGUGGCUGACUGUGGGCCAUUUUCAUCUGCUUCCCUGAUCCAGGCCUCUGCCCUCCCUGAUCCACUCGUGUUCUGAGCAAGGGUUCUCCAUAUUCGCUAAGCGCAUACCCUGAGCUGGCCACCUGCCAUGCACCGUUUCCACACACAGUCCCGUUGUACAAAUGAAGAAACCGAGGCAGAGGCAAAGUGACUUGUUCAGGGUCCCGUGGGGGUGAUGGGUCAGACUGCCCAGCUCAGGCUCCUCUCGUAGCACAGCACAGCCUCCCAGGAGGCCCUUUCCUCCAAGCUCUCCCUCUCCUCCAAACCCAAGAAAUGAAGGUAGGUUCUGUCUGGGCCUUGGGAGACCCUCAGGGCAGAGGGGAAACCCGCCCCAGCUGGGGGAGGGGGAAUUAGCACUGGCAAGGGGUCCCCAGCCCCUCUCAGCGCCCUGGCCGCCCGGCAUGCCUGCCUGGCACCCACCUGGUCCUAAAGAGCUGGGAGAGGCCUGCAGGGUUGGGGGAAGGGGGGUACAGCCUCUGGAAAGGGAGCGUGAGCCCCAGGGGCAGCAAUGCCCUCUCCCUCCUCAUACACAAACCACCUCAGUUUGUGGGUCUCGCCCCACCCUCCACCCCCCUCCCCAGCUACGGUUCAUUUCUUCGACAAACAAUAGGAACUGAUAUUUAUUGACAUUUGCGCCACGCCAAGCAUUUCACCCGGAUCGUCUCAGUUUCUCACAGCCAAUAUUUAUUGUCUGCUCCUCCGCGCCGGGCACUGUGCUCUGGUGGAGCACCUGGCCCGGUGGCCGACCCGAGCCCACCUCACAUGCCAGCAGGGCCGGGACAAGAGUACAAACGGAGGCCUCACCCCAUGCAUCGAAAUAUUGUAAAGUUACAAAUCAAGAUAUAACUGUUAAAUAAAAAUAUGUUCUAUUCUCCUA